UUGUGGGUCUCGCAUUCCUGGUGUAUCAAGUAUUCUUGCUUGAGUGAUUCAUGGCGUGGAUGGCUAUGCCCACGACGGUGCUCAACAAUCAUCCUCCGUUACUGCUCCCCUCAUUGCUUGAAGCUCUCAAGAGAACCGGCGAGGAGCGUGUCGCUGCGUUUCACUUCCCAGGCCACGGCCUCAGCGCCUCUUCGAUUUCCAAGCUUCUCGGAGCUCAACUCUUCCAGUUUGAUCUCCCGGAGCUGCCAGGCCUGGCCACAAGAAGCCAUAGCCGAAGCGCAGCAAAUGAUUUCGGAGCUGGGUAUUCGUGGUUCUUGGUAAACGGCUCUAUGUGUGGAAUUCAAGCGGCGGUGAUGAGCUGCUGCAAGCGAGGAGACGUUUCAAUCCUCCCCACGUUUCAGCAUUCUCAGCCAUGGUUCUUGCUGGAGCAAUGCCUCACUAUGCUCUUCCUUGUUACGAGAGGCUGCAAGAUUGUAAAGCACGAGAGAAUUUGCAAGUGCCUUCGAACCUUGCAAAGCUCCAGUCCGAGUUACCAUCUCUUGGCCUCUCUCGAUGCCGCAAGGGACCAGAUGAGUUGUGCAGCAAGCGAUGACCAUCCAGCGUUUGAUACAGCUCUGGAGCUGGCUUCCACAGCUCGACGACGCCUGAAAGAAAGCCAGAAGUUUUAGUCCUUGAUAGAGAAAA